UUUUCUCUUUUUUCCACUUUUGGCACUUGCUUCAUCCAGUUUGUAGUUUGUGUCAUGUGCCAAAGGAAAAAAAAAAACAUGUCUGUGAGUCUAUACAAAGCAUAAGGAGUGCAGCUCAGACUGAACAUCUGCAUUUUGGUGUCACCCUCUGGCUGUUGAAUCAUUAAUCAAUGAGUUCGCUUCCCAAAAAUGGCUCCUGGCUCUGACGAAAAUGAAUGAACCCUGUGCAGAUCAUUACCAUGAUAAAUGGGAGCUAUAAUAACAUAGGAAAAGCUGCCACAACUGGAAAAAAGGUGUCCAGAAAUAAAGGCAGUUCUGGGUGACCUUCCGAGUUUGCAGUUUUAUUCUCGUCCAUGUUUGGAAGACAUAAAGUUCAUAAAGACAUUGUCUCUGCUGCUGUGGUGAGAUAAGGGACAAGUGAAAGUUUGGAGCGCUUGCUCACUUUUCUGGUGACAUCAACAGAGGGAGAGAGAGGGAGGGAGUGAGGGAGAGGGAGGUUUUUUUUUGAGUGAGAAACCAAAAUCUGCCUCUCGCACAACCUCCUGGUUCACCAGUCUGUGUUGCGCCUCUGCUCUCAACUUUUUUUUUUUCUUUUUUCUUCCCUAAUUCCAACUCCUCUGAAACUUUCACUUUUUGGAAGGGGAUGUUCCCAGGAAGGAGGUUACAGCCCAGCUGAGCUCCUCUUUCUUCACCUUGGGAACUCUGCGGAGAACUUCUUGUGAAUGGGGCGCAUUUGACUUUUUACGCAUCCAGCUGAGUGACGCACGCUCGGAUGCUUUGGUAGAAAAACCGUGCCGUUUGCAACAGUCGCAUCCCAGAUUAUUAAUGUAUGUCCUCUGCUUCAAGGGCAUUGGAGUGUUUUAAGGAGCGUCUGACGGUUUUUGGUCUCCUAGGAGAAAGUUUUGGAGAACUUUAUCCACCAACACCUUUUGGAGUUUUGAGGUGGAAUCCCUGCUUUCACAUCUUUGCAACUCCUGAUCCACGGAUAUUUACAUCAUCUUUGUCUGGGAGUGCUUGCAGUGGAUAUGAUGUCUGUGAGCGGACCGGGGAGUCCGGCUGCGCUCUGCCGGCUCUGGGCUCUGGUUUGGGCGCUGCUGGUGUGCGUCGCGCUGGUGAAUGGAUGCCCACACAAGUGCAGCUGCUCCGGGUCUCAUGUGGACUGUCAGAAUCUGGGAUUGAAGGCUGUUCCGAAAGGAAUACCGAGGAACGCUGAGCGACUGGAUUUGAACAGGAACAACAUCACCAGAAUCACCAAGGUGGACUUCUCUGGACUUAAAAACCUACGGAUCCUUCAUCUAGAGGACAACCAAAUCAGUGUCAUCGAGAGAGGAGCUUUCCAAGACCUCAGACUGCUGGAGAGGCUCCGUGUGAACAGAAACAAACUUCAGGUUCUUCCAGAACUCCUCUUCCAGUCCAACCCAAAGCUCGGACGACUAGACCUGAGUGAGAACCAGAUCCAGGCGGUUCCCAGGAAAGCUUUCAGAGGAAUCACCAAUGUCAAGAACCUGCAACUGGACAGCAACCACAUCAGCUGCAUCGAAGAUGGAGCGUUCCGAGCACUGCGCGAUCUGGAGAUACUCACCCUCAACAACAACAACAUCACCCUCAUCCCUCUGUCCAGCUUCAACCACAUGCCCAAGAUGCGGACGCUGCGUCUACACUCCAACAACCUCCACUGUGACUGCCACCUGUCCUGGCUCUCCGAUUGGCUCAGGGCCAGACGAGGUUUGGCUCCCUUCACCCAAUGCAUGGCCCCCGCCCAGAUGAGGGGCCUCAAUGUCCCAGAUGUGCAGAAGAAGGAUUUUGUUUGUAAUGGUCCUGCCCAGACCGAGUUGAGAACGUGUGUCCCACAGGUGGCAGUGUGUCCAGCUAGCUGCACCUGUAACAACAACAUCGUGGACUGUCGUCGUAAAGGUCUCACUGACAUUCCGGCGAACCUCCCUGAGAGCAUCGUGGAGAUUCGUUUGGAGCAGAACCUGAUUAAAAGUGUCCCACCAGGAGCCUUUACUGCCUACAAGAAGCUGAAGAGAAUUGACCUGAGUAAGAACCAGAUUUCCGACAUUGCGGCUGAUGCCUUUAGUGGCCUUCGCUCGCUCACUUCGCUAGUGCUCUAUGGCAACAAGAUCACCGAGUUGCCCAAGGGAUUGUUUGAUGGACUGGUUUCACUGCAGCUACUGCUCCUGAAUGCCAACAAAAUUAACUGCUUGAGAGUCAACACCUUCCAAGAUCUGCAGAACCUCAACCUCCUCUCGCUGUACGACAACAAGCUGCAAACCAUUAGCAAAGGGCUGUUCGCCCCUCUGCGCUCUAUCAAGACUCUACAUCUGGCCCAGAAUCCCUUUAUGUGUGACUGUCACCUGAAGUGGUUGGCUGACUACCUGUUCGACAAUCCCAUUGAAACCAGUGGCGCACGCUGCAGUCACCCAAGGCGACUGGCCAACAAACGUAUCAGCCAGGUGAAAGGGAAGAAGUUCAGAUGCACAGGUCAGGAGGACUAUCGUAGCCGACUCAGUGGUGAGUGUUUCCAGGACCUGGUUUGUCCUGAGAAAUGUCGAUGUGAAGGCACCGUCGUGGACUGCUCCAACCUCAAACUGACCCGUAUACCUCCACACAUCCCUGAGCACACAACAGACCUGAGGUUAAACGACAACGAGAUUGCCGUCCUGGAGGCUGCAGGGACGUUUAAGAAGCUACCUAACUUGAGGAAGAUCAACCUGAGCAACAACAAGUUGAGGGACAUACGUGACGGUGCGUUCGAUGGCGGCAGUGGAGUUCUGGAGCUGCUGCUAACAGGAAACAAGCUGACAGGGAUACAGGGGCGCAUGUUCAAAGGCCUCACUGGACUCAAGACACUGAUGCUGAGGAGCAACCAGAUUAGCUGCAUUGACAACCAAACAUUCACGGGUCUGAACUCAGUGCGUCUGCUGUCACUGUACGACAACAGGAUCUCCAGCAUCGCCCCAGGAGCAUUCUCCACCCUACACUCCUUGUCUACCAUUAACCUGCUGUCCAACCCAUAUGUCUGUGACUGUCACCUGUCCUGGCUGGGUCAGUGGCUGAAGAAGACCAGGGUGGUCAGUGGAAACCCUCGCUGUCAGAAACCUGCCUUCCUCAAAGAGAUCCCCAUCCAGGAUGUGGCCACUCCUGACUUCACCUGUGACGGUGCUGAGGAUAAUGGUUGUCUCCCUGCAUCAGGCUGCCCUGACGUCUGCACGUGCUCAGACGGUGUGGUGCGCUGCAGCAACAGGGGGCUGCACUCUCUGCCCAAGGGCAUUCCCAAGGACACCAGUGAGCUUUACCUGGAGGGUAAUCUCCUGACGUCUGUGCCCAAGGAGCUGGCAUCUCUGAAGCAGCUGUUACUCGUAGACCUGAGCAACAACAGCAUCAGCACCCUGGCUCCAUACACCUUCAGUAACAUGACCCAACUGGCCACGCUCAUCCUGAGUUACAACCAGAUCCGCUGCAUCCCUGUCCACGCCUUUGAUGGACUGAAGUCACUGCGUCUGCUAACUCUCCAUGGCAACGACCUUUCAACAAUUCCAGAAGGAGCCUUCAAUCACCUCACUGCUCUUUCACACCUGGCUCUGGGUGCCAACCCUCUGUACUGUAACUGUGACCUGCGCUGGCUCUCUCAGUGGGUCAAAGCUGGCUUUAAAGAACCUGGGAUUGCUCGAUGUACCGGACCUCCUGACAUGGCCGACAGGCUGCUGCUCACCACGCCACUCAACAGGUUCCAGUGCAAAGGUCCAGUUGAUAUCAACCUCUUGUCAAAGUGUGUUCCCUGCUUGGCGAACCCAUGCCAGAACAACGGUACCUGUGUCCCUGAAAGUUCAGGAUCCUAUCACUGCACCUGUCCAUAUGGAUUCAAGGGUCAAAACUGUGAAAUUCCCAUCAAUGCCUGCAUUAGUUUCCCCUGUGCAAACGGAGGAACCUGCCACAUCCAGUCUGGCCACGAAGAUCACUACAGCUGUGUUUGUUUACCUGGCUUUGAAGGCCAACGUUGUGAGGUCAACCCAGACGACUGUGAAGACAACGACUGCGAGAACAACUCUACCUGCGUGGACGGAGUCAACAACUACACCUGCAUCUGUCCACCUAAUUACACAGGCGACCUCUGUGAAGAGGUGGUUGACCCCUGUCUACCUGGCUUUGACCCUUGUCAGCACGACUCAAAGUGUGUCCACAUGGGCCGCAGUUACAGGUGCGAUUGUUUACCGGGCUACGUGGGCCAGCAGUGUGAGCAGGAUUACAAUGACUGUCUGGAGAAUAAGUGUCAACACGGAGCCGAGUGUGUGGACGCCGUCAACGGCUACACCUGCGUCUGUAAGGAAGGUUUCAGUGGGCUCUUCUGUGAGAACCCUCCGCCAAUGAUCUUGCUGCAGACCAGCCCCUGCGACCAAUCAGAUUGCCAGAAUGGUGCCCAGUGCAUCGUGACAGCCGGGGAGCCCGUGUGCCGCUGCAUGCCCGGUUUCUACGGCAGCAAAUGUGACAAGACGGCCACCGUUCACUUCCUGGGCCGUGAUGCCUUUGUGGAGUUGCCCGGCGUGAAGCUCCGCCCCACAGCUCAUAUUUCAUUACAGGUGGCGACAGAGAAAGACAACGGCCUUUUGUUGUAUAAAGAGGAUCACGACCCUCUGGCCCUGGAGCUGUACCAGGGCCACAUACGACUCAUCUACGACAUUGCCAACUACCCGCCAACCACUGUGUAUAGUGUGGAGUCGGUGAAUGACGGGCUUUUCCACACAGUCGAGCUGUUGAUUCAGAACCGUUCCCUCAGUCUGGUGGUGGACAACGGCGCCCCCAAGAGCUUGAGCAAGCUGACACGCCAGCCGUCUGUCGACCACAACACUCAGCUUUACAUUGGAGGAGUUUCAUCCCAAGUGGUGGCGACAGGUCUGCGUCCAGGACCCGAACGUCCUCCUCAAGCAUUCAACGGCUGCAUCCACAACGUCAGAAUCAACGGAGAGCUUCAAGAUCUGAGCUACAGAGUCGCAUCAGGAGGGCGGCCCCAGGGAGUGGACAGCAAGGCUGAUGGUAUUCUAGCAGGCUGCCACGCCUGCAGUGUUUGUGCGCAGGGCGUCUGCAGGGAGGGAGGAGAGACCGGGGUCACAUGUGAGUGUCCUCCAGGACGGAGUGGGUCACUGUGUGAACAGACAACGACGCCGACAGCCUGUCAGAACAACAGAUGUGUCAAUGGAGUGUGUGUAUUGAAGGGUCAGUCCUACAGUUGUCAGUGUAAUGAAGGAUAUCAGGGUCAGUAUUGCGAUCGGCGACAGGAGCCUCUAGCCUGCAGGGGCCAGCGCUGCACACAUGGAGAGUGCAAAGUGUCAGAAGCAGGAGAGCCCGUCUGUGUCUGCCAAUCAGGUUACACCGGAGCAAACUGUGACACAGAGCUGACAUGUCACGGUGAAAUGGUGAGGGAGCAACUGAAGCGCCACCACCCAAUGAGAACCUGCACGUCCACAAGCAGGAUCCCCCGCAUGGACUGCCCCAGGUCCUGUCAGGCCGCGGCGCCACCUGGUGUUUGCUGCGGCAUCACCAAGAGCAGGAAGAGGAAGGUGGUUUUCCGCUGCACCGACGGAACCUCGUACUCCGAGGAGAUGGAAACGGCUCUGGAAUGUGGCUGCUCCAAUAAGUGCCCGUUGUAACAGCGUCUGCAGUUAGUUAAUUUUAUUUUUUGUUUGUUCUGUUUUCACAAACACCACCUUCAGCUGCCAUUUUGUGAAUUCCACCUCAACGAGGCCGACGUUCUGAGAUUCUUUUCCACACUGAUGAGCAACCUGUGAUUUUUCCUUUUUUCAGCAUUCAGUUCGACCGCUGCCGAUUCGCUGCCAAGAGAAAAACCACAAAUGAAAACAAAAACGGGACAUACGUGUGUUUUUGACAGAGAGAAAAUAUAUUGUAAGAUAUGAGUAAGAAAAACAUAGAACUUAUUUUUAUUAUGAUUUUUUUUUCUUUUUUGAAAGAUGAUAAAAGGACUUAUGAGCUGUUUUUACAUGUGUUACAUAGUAUGAAAAAGUUAUUUUGUACCUUGUAAGAAAAAGUACACCGCAAGAUUAACAUUCCUUAAAAGUAUAUGAAUUUCUAUGUAUGUAUAAAUCUACAUAAAUAUAUACCUUAACCCAAUGAAUUUUAUAUUUUCAAGUGUAUUUGCAUGACGUUAAUGUGAGUGCUGAGGCGUGGGAGGCCGUGGACACUGGGAGACCAGCUCUGUUGAUUCCACCCACAGCAGAAGGUGGCGCUGUGGUCACUUGUCUGAUAGAGAACUGUACGUGCCGAGCUAACCUGCUUCACUAUACAGUAUAUACUGGACUUCAUCCUCACAUGUGAGUUUUUUUCUCAUGUGAGACUCUUUCCAUGGAGGAAAUGUAACUAUGUUUUCUUUGUAUUAUUGUCGUUGUUGCAAUUUUGUUGUUUGCUGUUGCACGACAGCCACGUGGGGCCUCCUGAAGUUUGACAUAUAACAAAUCUGUAAGACAUGCCCUGAACAUUAACCUGGAUUUUAGUUGUUCAGCCUGAGUCAUAGUUUGAACUAAUUUUAAACAGGAACAAGAAACAAAUGGUAUUGAGAAAAGAAUAGUGAAAUGAUUUGUCAUGUUGCUCUCUGGUUGUACCAAAAACCAUGUGCAAGAGAUGGAUGUAGUCAUUUUGGUUAAACAAGUAAAGCCAAGAUCAAAAGUUGUUUAACCACCAGGGGGAACAUUUGUUUUGCGUUUUUGUUUUUUUUUUCAAAAACGCAACUUGAGUACACAUCUACAUAACCUGAGGCUAUUUUUUAUAUUACAUUGGAAGAAAAACAAUAAUAGAGCUUUUUGCUCUAAUGUUUUUCAAUAUUUUUUUUAAUUUUGUCCUUUUUAUUCUGGUCCAUUUUGGAUAAAGCAAACCAUAAAGUAAGCAUUGUGAUAUAUGUAUAUGUAUAUGUAUAUGUAUAUGUAUAUGUAUAUGUAUAUGUAUAUGUAUAUGUAUAUGUAUAUGUAUAUGUAUAUGUGAGUGUGCAAACCACAGUGUACACCUGCUAGGCUAAACUAAUUUAGUCCAAAUGACUACAUCCUUUUACAUUCAUGGUCAUUGGCUGUUCCCCAGACACAUAAACGCCCCCUAUUAUUUGCAAACUAAAAAAGCAAACAUAAAAAGAAGAAGAAGAAGAAAUGAGGAUGUGACAAUUUUUGAAUGACAAAGCAAUUUUUUUGUUUGUGCCUGUUUCGCUUUGGUCUCAAAUAAAACAGGGUGUCACAGCUGGAUGAAGCCAGGUGUGACCAGUAGAGGGCAGUAUUGCUCUGCCAGCAGUAAUGUCAUUCCACCAGUGUUGAACUUUUGAUCCCUUACAGAAUAUCAAGUUGGUUUCAUUUUUAAACUGCUCAACAUGACGUGGUUUUUUUGUUGUUGUUGUUUUAAUUUGACCAAUUUCAGUUUGGAAUGAAGCCAUCGAAUUCACCGCUAAUGCCUUAAAGAACACCUGUGUCAAAAACUAAACAGAUGCUGAUGGUUGAUUCAAGGUGUACUUACUUUCAAAAAUAUUGCUCUGGUCAUAUUUCUGACCACUCCAAACUGUAAAGUGUCCUUUAGAUGAAUCCCCGCAGGUGCUGUAAUGAAUAUAACAGAAAUCCCUAAGCAAACAAAGAACCUAUGCCAAAAAUAAGACAUGACUUUACUGUGCCUCAGUGCCUCAAAGUGUGAGAUUCAGUAUUAAAUGUGAAUGAUUUUUACAUCAGCAGAAUCCUGUUUAUGUCACCAUUUUACCUUGUCAUGUGUUUAUAAUGCUGAAGAACUGAUUGUAUUGGGUGAGUCCUUUUGGAAAAAGAACAUUUGGUUGGAGCAUUUCCUCGAGUUUUCAUAAUACAGUGAGAUUUUAUGUCAACAUGUUAGUCAGACUGAAAUGGUACUGAAAUGUUAUGGAUAGUUGCGGUGAGCUUCUUUGUACAUACAUACCUCAAACUAUUAAAACAUAUUGAACAGGAAGUAGAGGUAGCAACGAAACCGUAGCAUGUUCGACAAUCCAAAGGCCAUUAGUCACACAUUAUUCAAAACAAACUAAUGUUAUUCACCCUAUCUACCCAUUUUAAUGUGGGGUGUGAAGUUGUUAGAUGUCUGUCACUGUUUGCUAACAGCAAACACGUAAGGAUAACCGGCUAAUAGCAGCAGGUGCAAAAGAGGAACGAUAUAAAUGGCCGAUUCAGAGGAAAUUCUAAAAAUCAAUUCUUCUUCUGUGCCUAGAAACAUGGACGAGAACCGAGGUCCGACCAAAUAAUCCUGUCAUGUUGGAAACUGAAGAUAAAACUGUCCAUUAUUGAUUCAGAGAGCUCCCGUCUGCACAAACCUCCACAGCAAUGACUCAGUUUCCUGCCAUAUAUCAGGAAACGGCUCUUUUUUUUUUUUUUUACAAAGGAACCACAACAACGUAUUAUUUUUAUAAUCAUCUAAGAAAGAACUAACACAACUACAAUCAUAGCAUAGUACUAUAAUGUAACUACUACUGUAUUGGUUUAGGUUAUACACGGUUGCUUUGU